GGUCUACCAAUCGCAAAAACACCAAGGAAGAAGAAGAAGACGAAGAACAACAGCGCGCAUAGACAGAUACUUCACUUUUUUUUUAUCCCGUGAAAGCGUUUAUGUUGUUUUUGUGUGUAUUUGGAAGUAGUUCUUCACUUUGGCAGUAAAUGUCGGAUAUCUUUUGUAUUACUCUCCUGUGAAAGCGGAAGCGUGUAAACAGAGAGGUGCGUGUUGGUAGGAAGGUUAGCUAGCUGCUUUCAGCAACACCAGCCUAUUUCUGUGAAUACGGCAGACAUGUCUUCAGAGCUAACUAUUGACAUCCAGCUAACAGAGUUGGGCUUUUCAAGCUGGGAUUUUCAGGUUUUAAAACAGAAAGAGACACACCAGACUUCAGACCUGGAAUAUGCUGCUGCAUCAUCAUCAUCAUCAUCAUCAACAACAACAACAACAACAACAACAACAACAACAACAGCAGCAGCGUCGUCGUUGUGUCCCAUACCAGUGGAAAACCUCAUGGAUGAGGACACAAAAGUGGAUCACAACACUGCUGUUGUCUGUCCAAACUCCUGUCCCGGUGAUAAAGACUGUGGGGUUAAUGCCAGUUUAGUGCAUGCAGAUUCCACAGAGACUAGUACAGGCGAAAGCAGCAAGCAGACUGUUUGUGAAAAAGAAAAUGGACAUGUGGGAGAAAAGAGAAAAAAAUGUGGUCCGUGGUACGAUGAAACGACGAGGAACACAGACGAGGAUAAAAAGAAAAAGUUGCACAAAGACCAGAGAGAAAACGACGAGCUCCGAGAAACAGGAGCUCAGAGGAAGCUGAUGAGUGAUGUUUCUGGGGAAGAAGAAGAAAAUGAGGAGGAAGAGGAAGAAGAGGAGGAGGAUGACGAUUAUGACGACGACUUGACGGCAGAUGAAGAAUGUGAUGAUGUUAUGCCUUUAGAUACAAAUGGUUCAGAAGAGUAUCGUUGCCAGUUGUGCAAACUCACAUUUUCCACAACAUUCCUCCUACAUGAACAUUUGCACAUGCAUAAUGGUGUGCGUCUCUACCAAUGCGCUGAAUGUGACCAGCAGUUCUGCCACUUAGUGAGCUAUCGUAAGCACCUGCGCUCCCAUGCAAAAGCACCCUCUAUCCAAUGCAUCAUUUGCACAGCCCAAUUUACAACCCAGGAGGACCUGCAGCAGCAUCUGGACACAAACCACUUUGAGGACAAGUUCUACCAGUGUGAUCUCUGCAAGCGCAUUUUCACCAGCAUGGCAGAGUGCAAGAAGCACGUGCAAACGCACAAGCGGCGCACAAAACGCUACCCCUGCCCAAAAUGCGAACGCAGCUUCCGCCAUCGCAGUUCUAUGCUCUACCACCUCAAGCGACACAAUAAAGGCGUCUUCCUCUGCACUGACUGUGGCCUGGCGUUCUCUACAAAAGCCGUCCUCCUGCGCCACAGCUUCCAUCACCUGGGCCUUUUGCCCUACACCUGCAUACGUUGCAAACGCCAUUUCCGUUUAUCAUCUCAGUACAUGAAGCAUGAGUGUAAACCGGAGCAGUUGCAAUGCGAGGCAUGCCUCGUCGUCUUUCAGAGUCAAGAGGACUUCCUGAAGCACAAGAAGGACACGGGUUGCUGGGGUCAUCAGACGGCUCUUAGCACAAAGACGAACGACAUCCGAUGUAUGGAGUGUGGGCAAGUCUUCGACAGUACAGAGGAACUGAAGAAGCACGCGGGGACGCAUCAGAGGGUCAUGAGGUGCUCGGAGUGUGGGAUGGGUUUCCGCUCAUCCAUUAUGCUCAUGUCGCACAUGGUUGGGCAUGCGGCUAAGCGGCCAUGCCUCUGCAAAGAGUGCGGCCUGGGCUUCUGUCAUCAACAGGCUUAUGACAGCCACCUUAAAACCUGUGGGCUUGCGAAUCCAGCAGAGAUUGUCCCAAAGAAGCAAAAGCCAAACUCACUGAAGAAGGAAGCUAUUAUCACCAUUCCUACAAGCAAGGAAAUUCAAACUAUAAAACAGCUUGUGCACAUGCAUCCAACUGCCGUAGUAAGUGACCAAACAAAACCUGCCGAAGUUCAGUCUACAUUCACUCUGAAUAAAGAGCCCGUUUCUCCUAUACCCCUGGUUAUGAUUUUGCCUGUACCCUCUACAUCUGCAUCCAAAAGCAUCCAGAAUCCUCAAACGCUUAAUUCAGAUGUCUCAAAGAAAUGCCUGUCGGCUCCACAGGUCAUUCACAUUCCAUUACCCCCUAAUAAAUGUUCUGUACGCAAAGAGUCUGGCAAAACAGUACUGUUAAAAGACAUGGCUAGCGCCGUGCCUGGCUCAAACAUUCUGAUACCUUUGACAUCUGGUCCGUGCACAUCUGGUUCAGUAACUAAAAUAUACGUCGUGAAAAAGGAAAAGGAACAAGUGGCGAUAACGCACAUUCCACAGUUGAGUGCGAAGAAUGAGCAGAAAAAGACCAUUUUGUCAAGCUUGGAGAUCCUACAAAUCUUGAACGUGAUGAAGAAAAAUGUUUGUGUUGACAAGAAGGCAGAAACUCCAUCAAGCUUGACCAGUGCAGCAUCAGACAAUGCAGAGGUGAAAGCAGAUGAUGAAGAGCAGAGAGGGUUGAGGCUGGAAAACAGUAACCCCUCGCUUGAAAAGAGCAGUGAUAGCACAACAAGCACAGAGAGAGAGAGCCUUAGUCUUAGUGCUGUAAAAAUGCAGCCUCCUUGUCCUGACAUUGAUUCUUCAGCAGUGAUGCUUGACAGUUCACCAGUUAAAACACAGCCUAAACAGGAUCAAAUCCCACAAUCAUCGAUUCAUUCAUCAUCCAAGUUCUCCUUAAACCCAGAUGAGUUAUCGUCAAAGAACAGUGUACAAAAGACAGACCAACCCCCUCAGGAGGAAGACUUUUGUCUGUAUAGUGCACAGUCGGAAUACGGUGAUGAAUCCGAAAUAGUGCAGUGUGAAAUUUGUGGGAAAAUUAUUUUAGAAAAAGAUUUGGACCAACACACCGAGGUGCAUUCAGUCUCUUCUGUCCUCACUACUUCCUAGGUCUCGGAUUUUUAAACUUGAAUGAAUGGUUCAGGUUAAUUUUACUGUAAGAACAUUUAAGAAAAAAAAGAAGAAGAAAAAGAUGACUCUGAACAGCUUUCAGUCUUCCUUCCUUCCUUCCUUCCUUCCUUCCGUUUUCUCUUCCUUUUUAUUUAAACAUAGGGAAUCUUUCUAUUAAAUCCAAUAUUACUGGAGUAAACAACAAAAAAAAAGACUGGUUAUGUGUAUUCAUAUGAAUGAAACAGUGAAUAUAACAAAAUUGUUUACUGAUCCUGCAGAUAAUUUGCACAAAUGAGUACUGGUAUGUUUUGUUUUCUCUGCUGUGUAUGAAGAUCAGGACCUUGCAUUGAAUAGAUAUUGUACACGGCUUUUAACAGACGAUUGUCUUCAGGUUCAAAUCAAGCUGAACUGAUGUUCUAUUUUUGUUUGAAACCUUUUUUAGACAUUUUUUUCAUUAUAACAACACAAUCAAGAGUGGUGUUCAUGAUGGAUGUAUUUGUUUAGUUAUGAUUAGCAUUUAAAAAUUAUGCUAGCUUUUAUUGUUUGGGGACGGGAAUAAAAAUGCAAUCAAACAUUCUA